GGUAUUAAUGUGUUUCUCUAUCUUUAUUACAGAGAUGACGGAUGAGGAGGCUGUGUUGGUAGUCGCUAAAUGGGACUACGACUCCAAGCAAGAAGAAGAGCUCAGCAUCAAACGGAACGAGAAACUCAAGCUGAUCGACGAUUCCCGAUCAUGGUGGAGGGUGGAGAAACAGAAUGGCAAAUGUGGCUAUGUCCCUUCGAACUAUGUGAAGCGAGACAAACUCGGCCUCGUGGAGAGAAUCCGGAAGGGGAUCUCUGCAAAGCGUACUGUACAGAAACCGGCAUCGCGUCCGAUCUCCCCGCCCCACAGCGAAAGCCCACAUCCACACCCGGCCCAAACCGGAGGCGAAAUGCCAUUCUCACAACUCGCAAGGGUCAUGUACCACUAUAAAGCCGCACAAGGCGACGAACUCAACCUGGUCAAAGGUGAGCAAGUGAACGUUCUGGAGAAGUCCGGGGACGGAUGGUGGCGAGGAGAGUGCAAUGGACAGAGUGGGUGGUUCCCCUCAAAUUAUGUGAGCGAGGAGGACACCAAUAUGCCAAAUAGUCACGGUUCCAGCACGAGUUCAAAAGGUGACGACAACUCCAUCCCAGAUGACUUUGUGUUGGGUGUUACAACUCUGUAUGCCUUCAAGGCAAGGACUGAAGAAGAAUUAAAUUUUGAAAACGGCGAGUCGCUGGACAUUAUAUCGAAUCCCUCCGACGAUCAGGACUGGUGGAGAGCACGCAACAAGAAAGGUAAUACAGGACUAGUUCCGAGCAACUAUGUGAAGGUUGUAGAGAAUGCGGACCCUGUGUGCCCAACAAAUUUUUUUAUUGAGGAUGCUGUUCCGAAACCCAUUGAUUUGCCGCAGCACGACAACAACUUUGCUCCGCCCUCUGAUAGAUUUUACGAUAGGGAUUGGUUCCAUGGAAGAAUUACCAGAGGGGAUUCAGAGAAGAUUCUGAGCUGUCCUGGAGAAAGUGGAUUAUUCCUCAUACGAGAGAGUGAAACAAUGCCUGGUGACUUUGCUGUGUCUGUGAAGGCUCCAGAUCGAGUGAAGCAUUUCAAAGUGACGCGGUCAGAUAAGAAGUUCUGUAUCGGACAGCGGAAGUUUGAGUCAUUAGAUGACCUCGUAGACCACUACAAACGCUCACCCAUAUUCAGCUCAGACGAUGGCGAACUCAAGCUGUAUUUAACACGGCCGAAUCAGAGAAAUUAAUGUCAAGGGUGAUUUCUAAUGGACGCUGAAAAUACCCCAGCAUGAACAGAAGAAAAACUGCCUGGGUGUGCAUUAAUAUCUUUUAUUCGCCUGUGAGGGAUUACAUUUCUUUAUUGAGUGAGGAAAGAAAGAGAGAGAGAGAGAGAGGGAGAAAGAGAGUGUGAGAGUACAGUAAAGAAUGAAUAAACUCUGAGAAUGAACUGCAUAGGUCCCAACUUGGAGCCUUGUGGGACUCACCGUGCUAUGUUGAUAUACAUGUACCAAAGUGAGAUUCCAAUGUACAUGCACAUGUGUUUUCAAAGAAACCACAUGAAGAAUGCUUGAGAUGUACAUGUAGCUCUUGGACUGUUAGUUAUUGACCAGCAAGAGCCUCCUCAUUUAGGACAUUGUGCUAUAUGAAUCAUGAUAGGAUGAGCUUCAUACACAGGCUUUGUGAUAGCUGCAAGACUCAACAGACUAGUGAAUGAAGUGCUGUUGGGGAUCAUCGAGCAUUAAGAAAAAAAGCAUUAAUGUCAGUUUUAUUUCAGACCUUCAAAGAAACUUAUGGAAACCUUUUGUCUACUUUCCAAGUGUUGCUUUUGUCCAAGAUCUUCCCCCUAAUAUUGUUAACUUUCUGGUUUGAAUUUAACAAAGUACUUGUACGUAAUUGUGUAAUCCUACUGAGUAGAAGUGUCCUUUUCUCCUGUUAGUACACUUCACCUUUUCUCAAAGCCAUAGAGGUUUUCGUUGUAAUGCACCAACAUGUACGAACUGGUUUAGUUGGAAAGAGAAUGGCCCAAGUGAUAACAAAUUGACUACAUUCUUCCAAAAAUUGCAUUCACUGCAGACUGCACACGGAAAAGUAUUGGUAUUGGACUACACAAAAAUUAUCGGUUGAACAAUUGCGGCAAUUAUUUGUUGUGAUUUAGAAACCAAGAACAUUGGAAGAGGAAUAUCCCUUUUCACGAUAUUCUUUGGAAAUAAAAUGAAAAGAAUUCAAUAGCUACAUGUAGCAUUGAUGAUAAUUUCAAUCUUGUUCACAACUUUCACUUAUUUCUAAUGUUAGCCAUUUUGUUGUACAAUCCCUCUCCCUCUCUCUUUGUUAAUUCACUGUCUUCUCCUCGAAGUUUGGUCUUUAGUGAAACUAAGGUAUACAUGUACUAAUGUUGAGUAUUACAAUUGCUUACACUCUAUGGCAGAACCUGUAUGGUCUAUACAAGAAGAACAGAUUCCAUUACCCAUCUCAAUAGUGACUGAUCAAUACAUAGACAAGUGUGCUAUUAAAGUGUCCCAACUAAGCCCUUCCAAACUGACCUGCAAUGGGGAGAAAUAAAGGGCCAUCAUUACCUUUAAAAACUCCUUAUAUUUCUCUUCUAUAGGUUAUUUAAUAUUUUUCAUUGCUUUUUAUUUGCUAGGUUACAGUAUGUGCCAUGUUUAAACUUUUAACUCAGAACAAAAAACACUGCCAAAUAACAUAUUUCAUUUAAAUAAUUAUUUUUGCAUUAAAAUAUAGCCAUCAAAGUUCAUUAAAAAAAAUUCUGUGCCUGUUGAUCGUUCAGUGUUGGAAAGGAUGGUAUAAUCUUCCUCCUUCUCGUUUCUGUUGUGUCAUAGCAUGUAUGCCUUUGUUUCAAAACUCUCACAUAAUUUGUUUCAUAACACCAUGAAAACAUCAGAAUCAAAGUGAACCAUUACGAAGUAUAAGGAUAUAUUUUUGGUGAAUUUCGAACGUAAAACUUCAGAAUGUUGGGUGGAUUAGAGAGUUGGGAGUUAAAGUCACAGUUCAGUUAUUAGCUUCUCCUUUGGACUUUGUUCGAGUGACUCGGUCUGAGGCCGAGACCAAGAAUGGCAGAUUGUGACCCCAAGGCCUGCUUUAUAUCUUCUCUUGCUCUUGAAACAUAAUGAUAGGACCUACUCUGUAUGGGAAGAAGUAUUACGGUAAGCAACAUGUAUUUUUGUGAAGCACUGAACACAUGUUUUGUUUCUCAUUUCAUUUCAAAAGAUACACAAACCAUGUUUACCUAUUGGCUUUCCAUAAUUAGGUGAAGUGUUAAAUUUUAUAAUUUGUAAUCUCCUUCAAGCUAUUUCCUUCUUUGUGUUUGAAUUUUUUUUUUCUGUUUAGAUCAUUGUUAUUGCAAUGAAAUUAGGAAAUGAAUAGUAAUUAUUAACAUGAUCGUCAUUUCCUGAAUUUAUUCAAAGAUUUCUUUCUGGCAUGCAUUCAAAGUUUUGACUGCUAUUAUCGCCCUGGAAACAAACAAGCUUCCCCCCAAAACAUCUGUGAUGUUUGACAUUUAACGGUGAUAAAACGCCUCCAAUACGGAUGAUUCACUCGUAAUUAUGGAGGUUAUAUUGUGUACAAGGGGAGGCCAUUGAAUGGUUGUCUAAUUCCAUUUGAGAACAAAAUUACUCUCACAUGAUAUAGAGAAAAUUGUAAAAAGGGAAUUAAUAUCGAAAACUUGUUUAGAAACACAUGAAAAAAAUCACUUCUUCAAAAUAUCUGCAAAACCAUGUUCAUUUUGCUCUUAGUAAUAUUUUUAUUUUAAGUUUUGUAGUAUGAAUUUUCGCCUUCAUAUGCAAUGUAACAUUCACUUUUAUACUUUUUCAAACAUGCACAAUUCUCAAACAGAAAUAGGUGACAGAGUAAAAUUCCUUAAUAUGUUCAUUUCUUUAUUAGUUGUGACUCACUUUGAUGUACUCAAUGCUUGCAAAUAUAUCAGUGGUCAUAAUUGGAUAAGCUUUUUAACUGACUGCCUUUUCAAUCUUUAUUCUUCUAAUCUCACGUUGCUUAUUUAAUUCUCUAUGGAUGUUUUACUCCUAAAAAUAUAUGUCAGUAUUUGUCUUAAAAUAAUUGGCAAUUGUUAGGUUUCUGUUUGGCUUUGAUGCUUAUUUCUUGUGAGAAAUUUGAUUUGUGCUGUACUCUUUCAAUUCAUGUUUAGUCUCGAUGGAAGUGACUUCAUUCCCUGUGUAUAAAGCUAUGUAUUGCAGGACACUAUUCGAUUCAGUGCUGCAACACACACGCUCACGUACUCUGGCAACUGCUAAUAAGGCACCCCCCUUGUUCGAUGAGUUAUCGCGAUGACUGUACGCUUCCCGCCCGUGACCUCCGACGGGAGGCCCCCUUUCCUCUUUCUUUUAACCCCUUCCUGGAUUUCUGCAGUGCAGUGGCACAUUUUUAUAGGAUGUUUCCUCUAUCAUUAACGCGCAGUUUGGAAGGCAUUGGCUGCUGUUAGGAAUGAAUAAUUCACAUAGAGUACCUGUUCGCGAGUGCAAUGAGAUAUGCAAGCAAUGCCAUGUAGUAAUUAUUCAUUGAUCAGACAUAAACUAUGAAGGUUUGUUUAAUGAACUCUUUGAGAUAUUGAUAUGAGGUGGUGAAUUUGAAGCAUUUAAUGAUUGGUGUUUGAAGUCUUGUCUUAUGAAUAAAUAACUCAUGCCAGUAGGCUUAUCCUUUGAGAGAUGCUCCCCAAAUUAUUCAUUAAACAUAUUUCAUGUGAAUAUUUCUCACAAGAAUUGUUUAUUGAAAACAUGAGUUGAUUUUAUGCCAGAAUUGGUAAACCAUCUUUCAAAGGCGUGCGUUCUAUAAAAAGCAAGGCAGAUACUUUAUUAUUGUCCUUGCAUUUACAUGGAAAAGAUAUCAUGAUUUCAAUUUUCUCCAAGUUCUGCUUUACAGCUUUUCACAUGCUUACUAUUAUACUACCAGUAUUGGUAGUAAAUUUGUGGCAAAAGAUAUGUUUUUCAUUAAACUGAUUGCUAAUAAUUAGAAUGUCAAUCUACAGUAUAUAAAUGAUAAUAGUCAUUGGUCCACUUUAAAUUUCUUUCAGUAUGGUAUUAACACUGCUCCAGUUUAAUCAUUGUGUCAUCCAUCAUCAUAUUUUUGAUCAAUCAUGCAAAGACAGUACAUGUAUAAGAAUACUAUGUCUUUUAAUUCAGUUUUGACAUGAAGAUAUUAAAUCAAGUUUGGUGUAACAAUUAUGGUGUUUAUGAAAUCUCAGUAUAGUUUUUUUUUAAACAGAUUCAAGUGCUUAUUCAAAAUGGUUUGGUGUCAAAAGGUUUACACUGUUCCAUAGUUUGCACUCACUGGUGUAUUACUCAGUGCUUAUUCAAAUUUGAUUAUGACAUUAGGUUUACGCUUUCUUAUAUAACUGAGAUUCACUGGUGCAUAACUGAAUGGUGUCUGCAUAACACUGGAUCUGACAUUGGAUGCCAAGGUUUGCACUCACUGGUGUGUAUAACUUAAGUGCUUAUUCAAAUUUGAUUACGUCAUAUGGUUUAGAUAAACUGAGAUUCACUGGUGUAUAACUUAAUGGUGUCAGUAUAACACUGGUUUUGACACUUGACACCAAACACUUAACACCUGAACUGAAAUUCACCCCAUUAUCAAAGGUGCUACUGGAUGUUUUUAUUGUACUGUGAAAUUGCUGCUAUAAGAAGUAAAAAAAAUGCUGAGUACGUAGUUCUUGAAGGAAUAUGAUUUCUUGUUCUGUGACCCUCCUGUGUGUAAAAUAGUGUGUACAAUUUCUUGUAAAUUAGUGUUAAAAGUGUAGAAAAGGUAAUUUAUUUUGUUGUACAUGUAUUUGUAACAUAACGCAAAUCUUAUUGCUCCGGUAUCCUUGUAUAUUCAAAUCAUAUAUAUACACACGACAGGUUUUCAUAAAUACACUGUGUACAUACAUGAUAAUGUGACUUAAAAUUAUUAUAACGCUGCUAAUUUUAUUCAAUAAUUGACGGGGCAUCAUUUUAUUUUAAAUGUACAUUUUUUUUUUCUCGGAUUCAGUCUCUGCAAAAGAGACAUCAUGAGGGAAAAAGUAAAAAUAUACAUCAGAAAAAUGAACUAAAAAUAACCAUCAUUGUUUCUUUUGAGUUACUCGUGUAUACAAAUUUAUUCCCAUUCAAAUCCACUUUUUUGUAAUCCAAAUACAUACAUCUCAAGGGCUUUGUUUUUCGCUAUAUUUAUUUUUAUGUUUAACUUUGAAAUAAGGAAAUAUCUCUUUAAUAGUAAAAGUAAAAUUACACCAGACAUCAUUACAAUUAUUCUUUAUUUCGUUUGAGAGGAUAUUGUUAUUUAUUCAUGUGUGUUUCAAGGGGCUUUGUUUUAAUAGGUUAUUCAAUCGACUUCAAUAUUAAGAGAAGUCAUGCUUGUAAGACUCUCUCUACAUGUAUAUAAUGACCAUCUCGUAAAUUUCCAAUUAUCAUCCAACUCCUCUAGUCUUGUUAUAAUUGAAAAUUAUCACAUCUAGUUCUUUUCCUAUUUAAAUCAUAUUACACAAGUAAUUAUUACUCUAUUUGAUUAUCAAUACUGAACGUUUUUACAUAUUAUUUUUUCUCCCUUGUUCUCGUCCACUUCUCUAAGUAUCAUGAAUGUUUCAAAGGAAUACAAAACUUGCAUGAUAAUGAUAAUAGUGAGUUACGGUAUUAUAAAACCCUCGUACAUGUAUCUGUGAGAUAUCACACAUCAAGCGCAGUACAGUAAUUAUCCCUGAUUUUCCACUUCAGAAUUUCAAGGAAGUUAUUAAUUCAAGCUUCGACAAACUUAACAUCUAUAAACUAAUGAGCUAACCAUGUAGUUGUGUUAUAGUGAUGCAUGUGUCCAUCACAACAUUUUGAUGGAGUAAGGUUAAAUUUUUGUGUGCAUGUCUUUUGAUUAUCCUAUUACCAUAGAAACUUUCUUCUUUCUAUCACUAUCAGAACUGAUCUCUUUCUAUCGAAAAAGAAGGAAAAUGAAUUAGACACUGUUCUCACUACCGUCCUAAACCUAGUUUACUAAAAACUAGUUUUCGUGGGAACUAGUUUAACGUGUAAUGAGAACGGUUGAAGCAGUCUUGGAUGCAAUUUUCUCAAUUAAAAAAAAUCAACCUUCAUCAUUAAAUAAGUUUUUAAACUUUGUACAGAUGUAUACGAAUGAUUAAGCCUACAAUUUGCCCUUCAUCAUAUGUGCUAAAAUUUAACCAUGCUGUUGGAACAAAUAUUAGACUUAUGUGCAAUUUGACAUUUCCUUUUUGUGGUUUGGAGGAGGACAAUUAUUGUAGGUUAAUUCGCUCUAUUUGCUAGUUUGUGUACAUGACGGAAAAUACAACCAAAUAUUUGUAUUAUUUUAAUGUCAAUUUUUGUAGAGAGGUUCAUGUAGCAACAUACAUCUAUCACUCAGUGUGAGUCUUACAUAGUACAUGUAGAUUUCAUUGAUUAUGUUAUGUUUUUCAACCCUUUUCCCAGUGUUUGACCUUUCUUAUGUUUACUAUAGAGAUGAUGGAUAUGGUAUUGAAACAAUUGAAUACAACUCAAACAGUAAAUGAAUAUGAAGAAAAAAAAACAUACUAAGUAGGACUCAUUUACAAAGCCCCUUUUUCCAUUUCUGUGUUCAAAAAGCUAACACUGCUAUGUCUUUUCAAAUCCCCAAAUUGCCUUUUUGUUUUAUACAUGAAUGUAUUUGUUUUACCAUUACUAUUAAUUUGACCUGUAUGUCAUCCAAUAUCUAAGUAACACAUUUUGUUCAUAACAAACUGGAAAUUUCGUAUGGAAAAUGAUUAUUUCAGUUGGUAAUCUAAUUUGUUAUGUUGGAGGCAUAACAUGAAUUGUUGCACUAUUCAUGAUUUUGUCCUUGUCGGAAUUGUCAUAUCAUACUUUGUCUCUUAUUCACGAUGAAGUAUGGUAUAUUGGAAUAAUGUUGAACUAUUAUAUGUAGUGCUACAAUAUGGCAAUAUAUCAAUGACGCGAUGAUAUGUGAUUAUGAUAUUUUCAUGUUAUUGUUCUUGUAUGAAACAUUAUACUUGGGAAUAUAGUGAUGAAACGUAAAAAUAAUUCUGCAGAUAUUAUUGAUGUAUUUGCAAUUAUGUGAAAAUAAUUCUUUGCUUAUGUCAUACUAUUAUUAUAUGCUGAUUUUGAAUUUAUGGUAAUGAGUGAUGAUGAAUAAAAGUUAUGUUCAUUUUCAAAGGAA